AACCAAGAAGCAACGCGCCCAAGAUGCGAGCGCUUCAUACUAUCUACCUUGUAGGGCACGUCCUGUGCACUCUGUCCGUGCUGCUGAGCUGCGGCCAGGCGGCGCCUGCGGCCGGGGAGGAGCACCAGCUGAACGAGGACACGCCGUAUAUGAGGGAGCUGCUGCGGUUGGCCAAGGCCGCCGAAAUGAAGAGCUUCAUGAAUCAGAGGGCCGAUCCGUGCACCGACUUCUACGCCUUUGCCUGCGGCAAUUGGUCGCGCAUCAAUUCGGCCGUGAGCCUGAGUGAGUACACCACCGGACUGUUCGAGACGCUGACCAAAGCCCUCAACCGCAAGCUGGCGCUGAUCCUCACCAGUGCGCCGGGUGCCAAGGACACGCGAGAGGAUAUUCAGGUGAAGCACUUCUACGAGUCCUGCACGCGCCUGGAGGAGCUGAAAGACACCUAUGCGCAGAAGCUGAAGAGCCUGAUCGCCGAGUUCGGCUCCAUGCCCGUGCUGGAGGGGUCCUCCUGGCAGGAGGCGGACUUUGACUGGCUGGAUACGGCCGCCCGCAUGGACUACCGCUACGGAGUGGGCUCCAUCCUCAGCAUCGAAGUGACCAAGGACUUUGCCAACAAUCAUCUGAACAGGCUGUAUGUCGGCCAGCAGGAGUUCCCCCUCGAGUCGCGCAGCAUGUAUCUGGACAACAGGACCCUGACCUAUCGCCUGGCCCUUCGGGACCGCAUGCAGCGCACAAUGGAGCGCUUUCUGGGCGUCGAGAAGGAACUGGCCAAAGCAACGGCCCAGGAGCUGCUGGACUUUGAGGUGGAUCUGGCCCGUGGCCUCGCCGAUGAGAGCGAUGGCGCGGACAUUGCCGCCAUGACAGAACUGAUGACGGUGGCCGAGAUGCACAAGCGCUAUGCGCCCACGCUGGAAAUUGAGCGAUUUGUGUCGGUCAGCAUGGGCGACGAGGUCAAGAGCACGGACCAGAUCUACGAGUACAACUCGGACUAUCAGCGGAACCUCAUCCAGGUGAUCCAGCGCACGCCGAAGCGCGUUGUGGCCAACUACAUAUUCUACAGCAUGAUCAAGGACUUUGCCGUGACGGCUGCCACGUCGGCGGAAAGCAAGAAGGAGAUGUGCAUCGGUCUCACCAAAAAGAGCUUCGCCAAGAACCUGGACAACAUGAUCUAUCGCAGCAACAAAAACGACGAGACCGCCCGGCAAAUCGAGGACAUGUGGAGGCAACUCAAGUCCACCUUCAACGAGACGCUGCACUCCAGCCAGCAGCUGGACUGGAUCGACCGCCCCACCCGCCAAAAGGCAAUCGUGAAGCUCGAGGCGAUGACGCUGCAGGUGAACUCCUACGCGGACCACAACUUCACCGAGGAGUUUGCCGGACUGAACCUGCAGAGCGCCGACUACGUGGAGAAUCUGCGACAGGCCACCAUCCUGGGCGUAAAGCAAAUGCGCGAGGAGCUGCAUCAGCCGGCCAAGCCGCUGGAGGCGGGUGAGCUGCUCAGCUACACGCCGGCCAACAUUCUCGUGGAGAACGCCAUUAAGGUGCCGGUGGCCCUGCUGCAGCCCUUCUACCUGUGGGGCAAGGCCUAUCCCAGCGCCAUCAUGUUCGGCUCCCUGGCGGUGCUCAUUGGCCACGAGCUGAUCCAUGGCUUCGACGACUCUGGCCGGAAGUUCGAUGCCCGUGGCCAGUUCCACGACUGGUGGGACCAGACGUCCGCCAACAACUUUCUGGAUCGUCAGACGUGCUUCACGGAACAGUACGGCGGCUAUGUCUACGACGGCAUUCCCCUCAAGAAGUCCGUAUCGCAGUCGGAGAACAUAGCGGACAACGGAGGAGUGCGUCUCGCCUACACCGCCUAUCGCAAAUGGCACGAUAACCUGCUGUCGAGGCCCAACAGCUCCGAGGCACUGCUCAAGGAGACCCUCCCCACAAUGGACUACAACAGCAAGCAGCUGUUCUUCAUAAGCUAUGGCCAGGUCUGGUGCAACGAUGCCCAUCCGCGGGUGAAGGCCAUACAGGUGUCCACCGACCAGCACGUGCCCGGUAAAUUUCGGGUUAUCGGACCGCUGUCCAACUUUGAUGAGUUCUCCAAGGAGUUCAACUGUCCCGUCGACUCCCCCAUGAAUCCCCGCGAGAAGUGUAUGCUCUACUAGCAUUGCGAGUAUCGCAUAGUAGACUUAUAUAAGUGAUUUUUUGAUUCUAAUUAAUUGAUUCUACCAUUAAAGCGCUCCAGCCGCAGCUGCAUUCCAUGGAA